AUGGCGGUCAAUUCGUCCCUUCUUGGCUUCCUUGGUCUACUCUGCAUCGUUCUACAGAUUGCUGAGGUUCUUGCAACCCCUUUGGGGAAGGACUCCGGUUCCGUCGUCCCGGUCACGGAACUCCAAUUCCGUGGAGAGACUACCGCAGUCGCCCACCGGAAGCUGAUGCAGACUUUGUCACCAACGCAGACGCUAGGUACGUCGUUUGCGUCUCUCUGCGCGCCUAUUGACCAGUUCAAGAACCCGCUGACCCGCGUGUACUGCUCCUACAACGUGUCGAUCGGCGGUGCCCCCUUCAUGUCACUGACGGUCUGCACGUACAACGCAACCGGUGCUCUACUAGUUGCUGGGCUAGUCACGGUUCCCCCGGCCACUAGUAUCCGAGGCUUCACAGAGAUUCUACCAACAGAACCCGUCUCCUGCCCGGGGAGCACCUUCCCCAACUCUUGCCCCGCGUCGCUUCAGCCUAACUUUGCGGACGCGAGCGCUUUCUACCAGCAGAAUAUCUGCGUGUACGCCGUAGCCGCAUCAAACACGACUACUCCCCUUUGUGCUUACGAUGCGACUGGCGCGUCAACCGGGAUAAACGGCCGCAAUUGCCCAAGCAGAAUCGGCGGGCCCCCAACACCUGUUGCGUCCAUUUGCGCGGCUAAUGAUAACAGUACGCCCUCGAAGCCGCUGACCCGCGUGUACUGUUUAUUCAACGUUAACACAAACGUGACGAUCAGCGGUGUCCCUGCCACGCCACUAACGGUCUGCACGUAUUACGCAACCGGUGCUCUCCUCCCGUUUCCUCCGGCCACCGUUCUUGGAGUUAGCACCUGCCCAGGAAGCACCGCCCCCAACACUUGCCCCGCGUCGGUUCAGCAGACCGCCUCUGCGAACGCGAGAGCUUUCUUCCAGCAGACUAUCUGCCUGUACGGAAACAUUGCAAGCGGGACUUCCUCUUUUUGCUUUUACAACGCGACUAGCGCGCCAAUCGCAGGAAACGCCGCCAACUGCCCAAAAACAAUCGGCGGGCCCUCGACGCCUGCUCCAACACCUGCGCUGACGCCUGCUCCGACGCCACUGACGAGUGAGUCGCACUUCAAGUGA